AUGUCGAUGAAACGUAUCAAUCCGACUCAGCUAACUCGCAAUUCCAUUGAUCACGCAGACGCCGAAGUCGACCCGCAGCAUACAGUGGUGAUUAUUCAAAUCAACAUAGCGGUUUCCACCUCAGAUACAAACCAGCUACCGGUGAAAGAAGCGGAAGUCACAAUGGCAACUGCGGAACGGAGAAAAAUUCAAGCACAUCGAAUGAUAUUUACUGGAAAGGAGAAUCUCCGGGAAACCAGUUAUGUAUUUGGAGGAUCAGAGCCAACAAAGCAGAGACAGUUUCACUGA